AUGUCAUCGACUGAACCUUCUCAAAAUAAAACAUGGGAACUUUCACUGUACGAAUUGCACCGAACACCGCAAGAAGUGAUAACAGACGCGACAGAAAUCGCGGUUUCGCCACGGAGUUUACACAGCGAGUUGAUGUGUCCAAUUUGUUUAGAUAUGCUCAAGAAGACGAUGACUACGAAGGAAUGCCUUCAUAGAUUUUGUUCAGAUUGCAUUAUAACCGCCUUGCGCUCCGGUAACAAAGAGUGCCCUACCUGUCGAAAGAAAUUAGUCUCCAAACGGUCUCUUAGACCUGAUCCUAAUUUUGACCUACUCAUAUCAAAAAUAUAUCCGAGUAGAGACGAGUAUGAGGCUCACCAAGAGCGGGUGUUGGCAAAAAUUAACAUGUCCCAUUCUCAAGCUUCCUUAGUUAAUUCCAUAACUGAAGGUAUAAAACUGCAAUCACAAAAUAGGCCUCAAAGGUCGCGAAAAAACCAGGAAGAAAACAGUAACAAUAAUACACCAAAUGCAAAUGGUACUGCAGAAUCAGCUCAAAAUGGAAGUACUACGAGUACAGCCAUCACCAGGGAGUGCUCUUCAGCUGGUAAUCCAACACUCCCAGGCCAAUCCACAUCUAACCCAGCAUCUGUGAGAAGUACCCCAUCCCCAGUGCCAUCUAAUGUGAGUUCUGUAUCCAAAAACACAAGUACUACUAAGAGGGCAAAAUCAGUUUUAACUUCGGAAAGAAGUGAAGAGAGUGAAUCUAGCGAUGGCAGGACUGAGGGUGAGAACUCUAUGGACACUGAAGGGGAGGGGGAAGUUCUUAACCCCAAUGAAAUAGAAUUAGUAUUUAAACCUCAUCCAACAGAAAUGACGGGUGACAAUCAACUAAUGCGAGCUCUGAGAGAUAGCUCAGUCAGAUAUUUAAAAACAACAGCUAAUGCUUCAGUUGAUCACUUGAGUAAGUACCUAGCUAUGCGCCUCACACUAGACUUAGACGCUGAGCUGCCUGAAGCCUACCGUCUCCUUAAUUUUUGCAUCUAUGUGGCUCCAGCACCUGGGCAGUAUGUGCCUCUUGCUGGAGCGCAGACCUUGAGACAGAUAAAUGACAAGUACUGGAAGGUCAACAAACCGCUGGAGAUGUACUACUCAUGGAAGAAAACCUAA